CAAUUUCCCGGAUUGAGUCCGGACGCCAUCUUUACACCAGUGCUACCGGUAGUUAGAGAGUGGGGACGCUGAGCUGCUGCUCCACCAGGAACCGCUGCCUGAGACAGAUCCACGUUCAGCCUCUCCUCAUCGACAGCCCGACCUCGAACACCAUGGCAGAUCGAGAACACUUAGUAUACCAGGCCAAACUCGCCGAACAAGCCGAGAGAUACGAUGAAAUGGUGGAGUCCAUGAAGAACGUGGCAGGCAUGGAUGUGGAGCUGACGGUGGAAGAGCGGAACCUGCUGUCGGUGGCUUAUAAAAACGUGAUCGGAGCCAGAAGAGCAUCCUGGAGGAUAAUCAGCAGCCUCGAACAGAAGGAGGAGAACAAAGGAGGCGAAGACAAACUUAAGAUGAUCCGGGAAUACAGGCAAACGGUGGAGAAUGAGCUAAAAUCUAUCUGUAACGACAUUCUGGAUGUACUGGACAAGCACCUCAUUCCAGCUGCAAACACAGGAGAAUCAAAGGUUUUCUACUACAAAAUGAAGGGAGACUACCACAGGUACCUGGCGGAGUUUGCCACAGGCAACGACAGGAAGGAGGCGGCGGAGAACAGUUUGGUAGCCUACAAAGCCGCGAGCGACAUCGCCAUGAUCGAGCUCCCUCCGACUCACCCCAUCCGCCUGGGACUGGCACUCAACUUCUCCGUAUUUUAUUACGAAAUUCUCAAUUCCCCCGACCGUGCAUGCAGGUUGGCGAAGGCGGCAUUUGACGAUGCCAUUGCAGAACUGGACACGCUGAGCGAGGAGAGCUACAAGGACUCCACGCUCAUCAUGCAGUUGCUACGCGACAACCUUACACUAUGGACUUCAGACAUGCAGGGAGACGGUGAAGAACAGAAUAAAGAAGCACUGCAAGAUGUGGAGGAUGAGACCCAGUGAGACUUUACAGCCAAUACCCGAAACCUCUCUUUCCCUCUCUCCCUCCUAUUACCUCCCCUGUCUGCCCCGCUAGCCCCAGGUCCUACUACGUGUCACAGUGAGAGCUCCCAAACUUGGCUUUUACUCCGACGCCCACUCGCUCUAUUUCUCCCCACCUCUUCUUUCUUUAAUUCUUUCUUUAUUUUCUACCACUCUGUCUGUCUGUCAGCUCAUAGCCCCUCUGGGCUUCCUAGGGUUCUCUCUUCUGGUUUUUAUUUUCUUUAAAGAAAUCUAAUUAAAAUCACCCAUUUCAGUGGAAAUAAUACACUUCCGCAUUAAAACACAGGAGAAAAUGUAAAAGCUUCAAGCUGUUCCUGGGUGUUACCUUUAUUUAUUUUUUUAGAACUCCUGUUGCAAGCCUGUAAGGUUCUCUUCGUUUCCUUUCCUUCCUUUUCUUUGUUGCUUUAUUUGUUUUUUUUUGUUGCCAUGUCAUCAGUUGCCAAGUGUGCUUGCUUGGGGUCGUCAACGUUCACACGAUUUAACGAGUUGAUUUUUAAAACACAAACGUUUGCUGUAAUGCUUUUUCCAUAACUGUGAUGUCUUUGUGCUACUUUACGCUAAUCGUCUAAGCUUUUGGUCGCAAAUUAGGGAUGGUCGCGGAUUUUGACGGUUUUUAAAAGGGACAUAAAGCUUUUUAGAAGGAACAAAGUGGCCUCUUAUUUGUGAUUCUCCUCUCUCUCUCCCUCUUUCUUGUUGCAAGCCUCUGUUUUAUCAAUGGCGAUAGCAGAACUUUCCACGAGCAUCUCUUUCUUUGCGAUCACCAGUCAAGUGGCGCUGCUUUUUUACUCAUUGCUGAUGUAAGGACACGAUGGCUUGUAGUAUUUGAAGGAGGGGGAAAAAAUAAGGAUCUCCCUCUCGCCGAUGUAAGGUAAAGCAGGUUUGCAUUGGCACUGUCAAAAGAAAAACCUGCUUAUGUCGUCUUGUUCCAGAAUGUUCUUUCUCUCUCUCUGUCCUGCCCCCAAAUUUUCUCUCUUCCAUUCAGUAUGUGUAACUUGAAUCUGAUUUGUACUACUGGAUAUUCUGACCGGAGCCACAAGCACCGUCUGUAUUCUUACUGAAACACAGCAUGGAAAUUAACAUUAAACUUCAAAUAAAAAAAGAAACUUCAAAUAAAA